AAUUGUGAAGUAGCAGAACCAAACUAGGCCCAAAAAGUGAUGGUUCAAGAGCUGGGCUUGUAAUCCAUCCGCCGUUGGAGGCCCGCAGUUGUUGCUGCUCUGUGAAGCCAGCCUGGCGAGGUAGAGCUAUGUUCCAUCACCAAACAGCCCCCACUUGGGUUACAAGUUAGAGUUACCUAACUCGGCUAGCCAUUAUUCGUGUAAGUGGUUUUAUAAACAUUAUUAUCUAUCUUUUCUCCAUCGAUGUAGGACUUACUGUUAUAAACAUUGUUACAAGCUCUCCUUCUCCCUCCUUUUACGUGCUCUGCCUCCUGUGUGGUCGCCGCUCGUGCUUCGCGCUCAACGCUACAACCCUCACUCUCUCAGACCUUCGAACCUCUGUUCUCAGACAGCCACCGUUCCAGCCUCCACUCUCGCACCUGAGACCACCUCCACCAUCGUUACUCGGACUCCAGGUAACAGCUCUCACUCGCGAACAACCGCUCUGCCUCCUGCAUGUGGGAGCCUCCGCCGGUCUCCGAACCCGCACCCCCGCCAGCCUCAAACACCGCACCUGAGGCGACCUCCACCCUCUAGAUUCGAACAAAAAAUCUCUUUUCCCACCCUCAUUCAGCGACGUUCGUCUUCUCCCUUUGCAACUAGGAGCUCAGCCCAGCUCCUCCUUUUUGGCGUCAUUGUCACCGCACCUCCAGCAGUGGCAAUAACAUAGUACCACUGCAUUCUUCUCCCCUUCCUUUGCUUCAAGAACCCUAGUCAUCACCUCAGGUUUCAAAUCAAUUGACAACGAAUCCAGUUUAUCUUGCAGCCAUUUAGAAGUUGAACUAUUAAUACAGAGUAAUUCACCAUCCGUUUUUCUUUCAAAUAUGUUGUAUAUGUUUGUUUUCUUUUAUAGAAAUAUUGUAUGUGGGAACCUCAACACAAUGUAAGGAUUCGUCAAAUUUUUGAGAUUAAAGGGAGUGCUCGAUUAAGAGGGUUGAUGAAUCAGGAGAGACUCAAUUAUUCAAAAGAUCCUAACUAUGUACCAAAAUAUAUUCUUGAACUUGUUUGGCAUCAACUAUUACAUUAUUAGGCUACAGAUCCGCAUUUUAAGAACUGGAGCAGCAAAUACUGUGAAUCGAGCAUCAAAUGCUGGAAGUUCCAUGCAUACUGGUGGUUCCAUAUCUAUGGGUGAACAUGCACGUAGAAUAGAGAAAGUUAUGGGAGUAAAACCUUCUCUAGAGGAGGUUCAUGCUAAAUGCCACACCAAAAAGGAUAAAAGUUGGAUUGAUGAAAGAUCUGAGAAAGUCAUUGACGAAUUCAAAAAGCGAAAGAUAGAACUUUCUCAAGUAGCUUUAUCCUUGGAUAACGAGGAAGAUGUUGAGGCAUCUAAGGAAGGCCUAGAUAUACCAGAUGAUUACACUAUUUGGAACGAAGUUGUGACAAAGGAAAAAAAUAAAGCUGUUUUUGGCUUAGGUUCUUUUGGUUUAGAUCUCUCUUCAAAGUUGGAUUCCAGAAAUUGCUUAAAGACAUCUAAAGACAAUCUAAAUAUUGAGCAAGAACUUCACAUGUGGAAAGAAAAAGCAAAGGAGCAAGAAAUGAUCAAUGAAGAGGAAAAUGUUAAGUUGAAUGAUGCUGACCAUAAGUUAAAGGAUCAAGGAUGUCAACUAAAAGCUCAACAGAAAAGAACUGGUUCUACUGAAAAGACACUUCAUGCUUUGUAUAAAAAGUUGAAUUUUCCACUUUCUUCAACCAUGUUUGUUCUUGCGGAUGAUGAGCUUGGGACAUGCUCUAGUGAUGACGAGGAUGAUAACAUGAGUGAUUGAUGUCUGGAGUAUAUGUUUUUGUUGAUUUAGAUUAAAGAAUUUUUUAGGGGAAUUAGUUAGUACAUUUGA